GUGCUUGUAUUUCUCUCUCGUGUGUGACACCACAGGUGUGACCGGUCGCUAUGUUCAGGACACACAGUCCCUUUGGUGGAGACACCAGCAGCUAUGCAGAGUCUGUGAAGUCCUUCGGCGGUUAUUCCACCACGGAUGAAGUGUCCUCAGAGGUGUCAGGUCUGUCCAGACCCAGCGGGAAGUCCAUCUACUUGCAGAGGAAGGAUUAUGCAACAUCUAUAAACCAGAUGAUGGACAAAUUUCAGUACAGAGUGGAGCAUUUGUUUACUUGUGAUCUGGAUGGGAGGGAGCUGAGAAACAUCAUCGACUGCGUGGAGCGUCUGAAGCUGCUGGACCAGCUGGGACGAGUGUGGGGUCAGGACAUGCUCCUGGAGGUGCACGACACCAGCCUGCUGCUGAUUGACAUCGAAACCAAGGAGGAGCUGGAGUCGGUGGCUCUGGGUGACGUCCAGGGCCUGAAAGCCGUGCUGAACACAGGAGUGUUUAACUCCCUGCUCACCGUGUCAGUCCAGCCCAGGAGGAAACGCACCACCACAGUCUUCAUGUUCCAGUGCGAUGAUGUCCGGGCCGACUACAUCGAGAGAGACCUCUCGCGAGCAAUGUCACGCAGGAAAGACAACACAGGCUUCAGGAGCAACGGCCCUGCAGGCGUGCUGGGCUCUGCGGUGGAGCUGGACACACAGUGGGCCGCCCCGGACUACGGCGACCAGAUCGAUGGUGGACUGGGUUUGCCUCCAAGGGAGGAGGAGGAUGGCUUUUCACCUCGUUUCUCCGAGGCAGAUUCUGAUCCUCCUUCCACAGAGACGAAUGUGGGUAUUUUGAAUCAGAUGUUAAAUGAAAUAGAAAUCUUCAUCGGACGAUUAGCUGCAGUGGAAGCUAAAAGUACAAAGAAGAAGAAGAAAAAGAAAAAAGAAGCAGGAGGAAUGCCUUACGUGGAUGAUUUUGGAGAAGUUCUCCAUAAAAUCAAAAAAUGCUUCAACCUUCUGGCGUUGCUGCAGGGACAGAUCAGCAAUCCUGAUGUGCCUGAAUUUGUUCACUCCCUGUUCUCCACAUUGGCUUUCAUCGUGGGUCGCUGCCCAAAUGAUCUCCCUCAAAGAAUAAUGACACCGCCGCUGACGCUUCAGACCAUCCACCUCUUGCGUGAGGAGCUGUCCCCCGAGGAGAGCAAGCUGUGGCACGCUCUGGGAGACGCCUGGAACUUUCCCAGCUCUCAUUGGCCACAGGAUGUUGUUGAAGAGAAUCCCACUCCCUCCCUCCAGUACGUUGACGAAUGGAAUCCCCGAGAAGCCCUUGCAGCGUCUGAUCCCAUUGAGCAGACUCCAGACAGGUGGAACCCUCCACGUUCUGAUCAGCAAACACACUCCGCCGGGUCAAGGCAGUCCCCCCUGCGCGCUAAGUAUGACUUCAGUGCCAGAAAUCAUCAAGAACUGAGCGUCUCUAAAGGAGAACUGUUGGAGGUACUGGACAUGUCAAAACAGUGGUGGAAAGUGAGGAAUAACAGAGGGGAGGAAGGCUUUGUGCCCAAUAACAUCCUGGAAGAUCCUGACAAGCGCUUUGAUGAGGGCUUUGCGGCUCCUCCUGUUCUCACCAGGAAGUCGAGGCCUCCAGAGGUGAAAGCCUGGCUCGUGGACAAGGGCUUCAGUGACAUAACCGUGCGCUGUCUGGGCGUGCUGAGCGGCUCGGCGCUCAUCGGGAUGUCUCGAGAGGACCUGAAGAUCGUGUGUCCAGAGGAAGGCGGCCGCGUCUUCUUCAAAUUGCAAGCAGUGAAAUCUUCUCUGGAAAGUUAAAAGGCAGCUGCACAUUGAAAAAGAGAAGAGGAAAGUUGAAACAAGAGAGCUGUUUUCCAAUAAUAUUCAAUGAAAGCAAUGAAAAUAGAAGAUACAGCGGAAGUUUUUCAAUUGAAACUAGAUGCUACACUUUAUUCCAAAUACUAUCAAUGGCACUUUGUAUGUUGAAUUUAGUAUGUGAUCAAUAUCGGUUUACUGUCAAUAAAUGUAAAUAAUCGUAA